UUUCUAACCUCACACUGAUGACACGUGUUUUGUUGAUUCGGAGCAUUCGGAGUCCAACUGAAAGGUUUUAUUCCAUGGAAUCAGCAAUAUUUCAAGUAUAUGUGAGUGACAUGAUAAUAAGGAGAUUGUGAUUGACAUUGUCUGAUGAUUUGGAAAAUUUCAUCUGUUUUAAUAUCAUUUCUCCGACACUAUCGUUCACCGAAGAUAAAAAAUAUGGUCUACUCACUGUCUCCGCCGUCUUCAGUGAAAGGAAUGAUAUCUCUCAAUCGUGAUAAAUUCACGUGUGUCGUUCAAGUACCCUCUUUAGAAUUAAAAAACAUUAGUUAUAGUGAAAUAAUGCCAGUCGUUAAAAAAUAUCUAUUGAAAAUGAGACAUUGGAAAUCUGUACAACAAAUCGAAGACCGUCUAGUCAUUUACCUCAAUCCUGAGAUGGUAGAAAAAAUGGAAGAUCUAGAGGAAAACGAUCGUACUAUUUUAUCCAAACAUACUGAUGUAAUUGAAAAACGACAAAUCACUAUUAAUUAUGAAAAUUGGACUGCGGAUACCAUCCUCGGUGCUAUAAUUCCCGAGGACAUUGGAGUACCCAGUUCCUUCACAAAAGUCGGCCACAUAGUUCACUUAAAUCUUCGAGAAAAUCAAUUACCAUUCAAAAAACUAAUUGGCGAGGUGUAUCUAGAUUUCGUAGCUCAGACAAAAGUUGUUGUUAAUAAAGUAAACAACAUUGAUACAGAAUUCCGAAACUUUUCAAUGGAAACACUCGCCGGCGAUGGUGAUACAAUCACAACUGUUAAAGAAAAUAAUUGUAAAUUUACUUUUGAUUUUGCCAAAGUCUAUUGGAACUCGCGAUUAGCAACGGAACAUGGAAGGCUAUUAGAGUAUAUGGUAAAAGAUGAUGUUUUAUAUGAUGUUUUUGCUGGAGUUGGUCCAUUUGCGGUGCCUGCAGCACGAAAAGGCCUCACAGUAUUGGCCAAUGAUUUGAAUCCCGAAUCGUACAAGUGGCUCAGAGUCAAUGCUACCGAUAACAAAGUCAAAAAAUUGAGCUCUUUUAAUAAAGAUGGUCGAGAUUUCUUGAGGGAAGAUGUUAAGCAACAUUUAUUAAAUCGAAGAUACAAUGAUUCGCCUGGCUGCGAACACAUUGCCAUGAAUCUUCCAGCUUUGGCUGUUGAAUUUCUCCAUGUGUUUCGGGAUUGGAUGGACAAUGAGGAGACCAAGUUGAUGUUGAAAAAUCCCCCUCUCAUUCAUUUAUACUGUUUCGUUAAGGCUAGCAAAACUGAUGAUGUUAAACAAUUGGCCAAACAACUCAUUGAACAGCAUAUUAAUACACAACUUUUACCACCAUCAGUGAAGACAAUUCAAUAUGUUAGGAAUGUUGCACCCAAUAAAGAAAUGAUGAGGGUAUCAUUUUAUUUGACUCAAGAAAUUAUGACAUGUCAAAAACUCGAAGAACCAGCGAUUAAACGACCGAGAAUUGAUCAUGUGCUUGAAAUUGUAGGUGAAAAUGGGGAAAAACAAGGUGGGAAAAGCAACAAAGAUGAACAAUGUAUUUAAAGUGCCAGUGAAAAAGCCAUCGUUGAAAAGUAAAGCAUCGAAUAAGGAGGAAACUAAAAAAAAAGUGAAUUUCAACAGUCUAAAGAGAAAAAGCACUGACAAUAUAAAAAUUAUUGACCAAAAGUUGAUGAAUUUACGGAGUAAAGAUCCUGGAAUGCAAACGACAAUCCCUAUCCAAUCACCAUUGCCAUCUAAAACAGUAAAACUAGGCAAAAAAGACAAAGUACAAGCCAAUCUCAACGACCAUGCUUUGAAACAACUGAAAAUUUAAUGGGAAAAUGUGUUGAUUAAUUUUGUAUAGAAAAAAAUGUGGGUAUAUGAAUAUAUGUAAAUUCCUAAAAUUAA